CCGAGAUGGCGAGAAGACCCGCCGAGUCACUGUUGGAUGUUCUCUCUCCAAAUCCAUUCGAAGGAGUGACUUCCCCUGCAGAUGUUCUUCAUCAGACAGAGGAAAACUUCUACAGAGGGGCCCCACCCAGAUGGUUCAACUUUUACAUCAGCGACCAGAGAGUGGCCGAUGGCUCCGGAACUCCCUUCAUCAAACGAGACGGAUACAACGCACUCGUGCAAACAGUUCAACUGAAGGGAAAAACCCCGGGAAUAACAAUUGUUAAACUGUUCCACCAGCCAGGGUGCGGGGGCACCACGCUGGCCAUGAAGGUGCUGUGGGACUUGAGGAAAAUCUUCACGAGCGCCGUUUUAACCGACUCGGCCUCAAACACCACAAAUAUUGCAGAGGAGGUUGUCCAGCUCUUCAAAGAUGGCAACCGCAAGACCGUGCUGCUGCUGGUGAACAAUAUGCAGAGGUUGGAAGCUCUGCAAGAGAGCAUUAAGAUCGAGAUGGCCAGCCGAGAGAUGCACGUCGACUCCCGCAAGGCUGCGGUGAUUAUACUCAACUGUGUAAGAAAGGACGCAGUUCUAACGACGUCCCAUGUCGUCUUCCUACAGAAAGUACUUUCUAAAGAUGAGAAGAUAAAAUUUGAUGAGAAAAGAGAUGAGCUUCGCAAAAGGUACGGGGAUAAAAGCAAACAAUUUCACGGCUUUAACAUCAUGCAAACCAAUUUCUCCAAGACUUACAUCCAAGAGGCAUGUGCUGUUUUCAUUAACACCACAACAGCCGAAAGUCCACAGAUGACCCAGCUUGAUGCCUGCUUGUCCCUGCUGAAUGCCUACGUACCGGGCUCAUACCUCCUGGAGUCUCAGUGCUUGGACUUCUUCAAACACGGCGACUACGCCCACGGAGACUCUCCCCUGAAGGAACGAAUGAGCACCUUCGGCCAUCUCAUCAUCACAUUCCAAGAAGAUAGAAGUUCUGAAAUGAAAGUCUGCAUAGCUCACCGUAUGAUAGCGCAGCAUUGCACUGAACUGUUGGCCGAGACCGGUAUGACCAGAAGUGAAACGGCAAGUUACCUGUUGACUCAUUUCAACAGCGAUGAGUUGCCUUCAUUUUUGGUCAGUUUCAUCAAAGACAUGCUGACCAAGAGAGAAACAAAACCCAACGAAGAGGACCCAGGCAAUGGAACAUGGAUCAUUGAGGACAAUGAAAGGUUUUCUAGGCUGAUUCUAGACAUUCAAAGUGUUGAGCGUCAACUUGAGUGUGUGAAUGUUCUAGUGGUGGCGUCAGAAAGGUUUAAUCGGAAUGCAUUUUUUCCACAAGCACUUGCUCGUUUUUAUUCCAUAGAACUAAAAAACUACAUUAAGGCUGAAAAGUGGGCAAAGAUAGCAAAGCUCAGAUAUCCCCAAAGUUCCUUCAUUGCUGAUACACUGGGCCAAGUCUAUAAGAACCAAUUGAAGAACCAGAAGCAUUGCGCCAAACCAAGAGCCCUUUUGGAACUGGCCUCAAAGGCCAUUGAAGCUUUCAAAGAUGAAGAAAGACUUGCUGAAAAUGAAAGUGGGACGGAGACGAGAGGAGAUGGCACUACCAAAAUCUCAAAAGUUUUUAACAUCCACGGGCAGUUUGGUUACUUGGAUGUCUGCAACCUUCUGUACAAGAAGCUUGUGAGUCAGGACGAUACUUGGAGAGAAGUUCUCACAAAGAAGGCGCCCUUGAACUCGGUCCUGAAAUCCCUUGGAGACGCCGAGCACAGCAGAUUCAAGGUUCUAAUAGACGGCCUCAAAGACGACAUUGAGAGAAAAUGCGCAUUCUUCGAUACAUAUCUGACUUAUUCAAAGCCAGAACAGAAAGAUGAUCCCGCGUACAUUUCCAAAGGCACCUCAGAGUGCUACAAAAAUUUUGUCGGGAACUCCCCGUCCAAGGAUUUCAAGGCAGAAGGCGCGGCUCUCAUCCAGAAGCUCAAAGAAAACCUGGCGGACACCUCCGCCGGAGUGCUCUCGUGUCUGGACCGAGAAUGCAAGGAAUCGGACCUCAAAGAAAUAACGACAUGGUGGGAGAAAAUCUUUCUUGAGAAAGAAUCCGUCGUCGCUCUGGCCAACUACAUCCUCGCUCACAUCAUGUUGAGGAACAUGGAAGCCGAGUUACCUCUCGACUGCAAGCAUUUGGAUGCAUUCAAACAGAAAAUGCCUCGGAUCCCCAACCAAUCGCCCGAGCUCCACAUGUUGGUCCUCCUCCUCUCCUGGCCCACGGAGAGUGAAGCCAAUUGUGUCCUUGAUCUGAAUCGAUUGAUCCACAACAUGCACUGCUCUUACGAAGUUACAUACAAGGCACAGUUUCGAUCGAGGUACCUCCGCCCCCUGUUUUUCAUUGGAAAUGGUGAAGGUCUGAACAGAAUUGUUCACAGAAAGAUCCUUGAGCAAAAUGUGCAAACAAGACAAGAUUGGACCAGAGAUACGAUUUUCCAAGAUGCCACGGUCAAAGCUCGCCUGGUCAGAGUUCAAGGGGUGGUGCGAAACUACCGAGUCUUCGCAACAAUUGGAGGUGCGGCGAUUGAGGUUCAUGCAAACAUCCAAAACUGCCUCUGGAAAGCACAACAAGUUUCCUUUUACCUCGGAUUUACCAUCAGAGGUCCCGUCGCGUUUGACAUCCAGACAAAACCUGGAGCCAAAGAUAAGAAAGCAGAAGAAAUCUCAGGGGAGAAUUUUUUUAUUGGCUCAGAACCCGAGCAAAUAAAACCAGACGAUACCACUGGAGGUGGUCAUUUUGUGGAUCGCCAUCGGACACAACUGGUGCAGAGCGUGAGCGACACGCCAUUCGUCCUGAAGAAGCUCGAGGACGAGGGCUAGAUCUCGGAAAAGAACUCCGAGUCGUUGAGAUCCUUAAACGACUCGCAGAAACAGAUGAGCGGCAUUCUCCGGUGUCUGACUUCCAAAGGCAAAGACGCACUCUGCAACAUCCUGAAAGGGAUGAGGAGCAUGAGGCCUCUCAUCACCGAGCUCGAGGAAUCCGAGGAAAGGAAUGUUUAGAAUCUGGGAGGAGUCGUCUUGCUUUUUGCCGUCUGGCUUUUUCCGAGCUUUUUACGUGUCGCUAGUUCCGAAAACGUGCCGAGUGGGCCGCCGCCUGUCAAAAUUAUGAUUGGGAUAUUUUAAUAAUUAUUUUAGGUGGUGUUUGGUGUUUGAAUUGUGUUGAAAUGGCUCACUGAUUCUUGUGGCCCAAGUUGGGAUCUUUAAUUUGAUGUACAACAUCAAUAUAUUAGCUCUGCCCCUAAGAAAUAUAAUUUUGCCCCUGAUAUCACUUGAAAAAAAUGCCCCCAUAAUUUCCUCUAAUAAUGAUAAUUUAAUAGCGUUUUUUUUGUUCUUUGUUGUGUGUCCUUUCUGUAUUGCCUGUACUAGGUACGUACACACAAAAAAUCAAUAAAUACAAUUUUGAAUUGAAACAAAUAAGAUAGAAUUGUUAAUAGUUGUUUAAAUAACAAGAAAUAACCACAAAGAAAUAAAAGAAAAAUUUAAUAUGAU